UUUUAACCCCUGGUUCUCCUUAGGGUUAGGGUUUUUCCAAUGGCGGGCCGAGCCCUAAUCUCGAAGUUCCCCUCGGUGUCCCUCUCCCCUCUCCUCUCCUCCGGAUUCUUCGCCUCCCGAGCUCUCUUCUUUGCCCGUCCCUCUUCCCCUCUCCUCCGCCUCCGCCCUCUCCUGCCACUUGCCGACUACUUCCGCCUCCCCGUCGACGGCGGCCGCGGCGGUGUGGUCCGGUGCUUCUCGACCCGGCCUACGACGUCGUCGCUGAAUGAUCCUUCGCCGAACUGGAGCAACCGGCCGCCCAAGGAGACCAUCCUUCUCGACGGGUGCGACUUCGAGCACUGGCUCAUCGUCAUGGAGCCCCCCGACCCCAGUCUCACCCGGGACGAGAUCAUCGACAGCUACAUCAAGACCCUCGCUCAGGUCCUCGGAAGUGAGGAAGAAGCAAAGCAAUCGAUAUAUUCAGUGUCUACAAAGCACUAUUUUGCUUUUGGAUGCAAGGUUUCUGAAGAGACAUCAUACAAGAUCAAGCCUCUUCCAAAGGUGCGCUGGGUUCUUCCCGAUUCUUACUUGGAUGUUAAGAACAAAGAUUAUGGAGGGGAACCAUUCAUAGAUGGUAAAGCUGUUCCUUAUGACCCAAAGUACCAUGAAGAAUGGGUCCGGAAUAAUGCCCGUGCAAAUGAGAGAUCCAGGCGCAAUGACAGACCUCGUAAUUUUGAUAGAUCAAGGAACUUUGAAAGGAGAAGGGAGAAUAUGCAGAACUUCCAAAACAGAGAAGCACCUCCGAUGCCAAAUCAGAGCUUCCAAAGCCAGGGCGGUCAGAACCCUUUUCCACCACAAAGUGGGAUGCCACCCCGAGACAUGCCUCCAAUGCCUAAUGCACAGAAUGCCAUGCCUCCUAGACAGAUGCCUCCACCACCUAACCGUGACUACAAUGCCAUGCCUCCUAAUGUGGGUGGUAUGCCCCACAACUACCAGAGCCAAAUGCCUCCUAACCCUCAGAGCAGCUAUGCGCCAAACAGUGGACCUGGUUAUCAAGGAAGCCAGGGGUAUCAAGGAGGCAGUCCUGGCGGUGGCAUGCCUAGUGGCCCUGGUUAUCAAGGAGGCGUCCAUGGGUAUCAAGGGGGCAGCCCUGGGGGUGGGAUGCCAGGAGCCCCUGGUUACCAGGGAGGUGGCCCAGGUUAUCAAGGAGGCAACCCUGGUUAUCAGGGAGGUGGCCCUGGCUAUCAGGGAGGUAGUCCACCUUAUCAAGGGGGUGGCCCUGGUUACCAGCAGGAUGGACCUCCUUAUCAAGGAGGCAGCCCUAACUAUCAGCAGGGUGGACGUACUUAUCAAGGAGACGCUCCUGCUUAUCAAGGGAGAGACUUGCCAGGAAGAGAUCAUCAAUAGGAACUAUUUGCUAGAGAUGCUUGUGCAGAAUUGAGUAUAAGGUAAUGCAACUCUGUUGGAGCCAUAGUGCAGGUGUUAUUAAUGUUUAAAAGACUGGAACCUUAUCUGCAUAGGUAAUAUGUCCUCCGGAUUCUCUUUAUGCUUGUAAGAACAUGAAUCUCUGAGGUGUUAAAAGGUUUUGGAUUUUGAUCUGAAGUUUUUCUAGUGUUA